GAAAUGGGACAGACAUGUAGAGUUCUUGAAAAAAAGAAUAGGGACGCAUCAAUGUAUGCGCUGAAUCUCGAAUAGAGUAUAUUUUUAAGUGCUGAUUAUCUUGUAUUGUCACGACUCUCUAGGUGAGGAAGACCGGUCUACUAUACGCACACAAUGAUAGAUCUCUUUUCCUCUCUAUAUCAAAUACUUGGUAUACUCUGCUUUAUAAACAAAAAGAAAGUUAGAUGCAAGUGCAAAAAGAGUUCGGGACUCGGUGUCGUAUGUCCCUACAUAUCUUGUCGUCGGGGUUGUCAAAAAAUCGCUGCCGGUACUCGGAUCGCGUUUCGAACUCGGUGCCAGUCGGUAACCUCUCUGAUAACCGCCAGCGCGUUUGUCCUGAGUGCAUUCCACUGCACCGCCUUCGAGCUGGUGAUGGCCUUUUCCCAAAGGUAAGCUUAAAUACCCCAGGGCCGCUCCUCCUCUGCCUUCCUAGAAUGUGUGCCUGGGCAUUGGGGUCGCGUGAUCCCAAGAGUCGAGGUGUGCCCGGCGGUACGUAUUCACGUUCGCAUCGCAUUCGCAUUCGAUCGUGCACAACUCAGGGCCUGCAAGUCAGAUAUAACGCAGUUGAUGGACAUAAAUCGAGGCACAUUGUCCAACCGCGCAGUCAACGCAUAGACACAUCCAUCUUCUUCCUUCCUCCGGACCCAGCGACCUGCAGUCAUAAUGCUACGAGAUCACCGACAACUGUCGACUGUUUUUGUGUAAACCUACGAGAUGCGUAUGGAAGCAGCGAGGACGUCCAUGCUCUGGGGAAUUCACGCAUCGUGACGGGGUUCGGGCAUCGUACGAUUCGUUACAGUUCGCGGACGGCGCGGUUGCAAAGCGGAGGGACGUUCUGCGAUAGAAUAGGAGUCAAUCUGAGUAUUUGAAUUCAUCUACAGAGAGAAGAAGAAUGUCCACAGAGUAAUGGGAUAUGGAUGAAGUUGAAUCAGAG